GACUCGGGCCGCUGCCGCCAUCCCGCUGGCGAGAGGGAGAGAGAGGCCCGCCCGCUCGCCGGUCGGGCCAGUGUGGGCCAGUGCGUGAGGGCGCGGGGGGCCGUGUCAGCGAGACGCAGAGCGCAGCCGCCACCACCAAACGGACAUGUUGGAGCCCAGCGCCGCCGCCGCCUCCUUUUCCUUAUCCUCCGAACGGGACUGAGAGGGGGCCCGCCACCCUCCGCCUCUGCCGCCCGCCCCGCCGCCUCGGCCGCAGCCUCUUCCUGCCCGGCCUCUGGCUCCGCCGCUCGUCGCCCCCCCCAACCCCCCCGCCCCUCAGGCCCGGCCGGUUCCCCGGCCCCGCUCCGCCGCGGCGCGAGGUCUAUGUGACCGGCGGGCCCGGAGCAGCCGCCGCCGCAGCGCGAACAUGGACGCCGUCAACGCCUUCAACCAGGAGCUCUUUUCACUUAUGGAUAUGAAACCUCCCAUCUCUCGAGCCAAGAUGAUUCUUAUCACUAAAGCUGCUAUUAAAGCUAUUAAGCUUUAUAAGCAUGUAGUUCAAAUAGUAGAAAAGUUCAUCAAAAAGUGUAAACCAGAGUACAAGGUUCCAGGAUUAUAUGUAAUUGACUCAAUUGUGCGACAGUCUCGUCAUCAGUUUGGAACUGAUAAAGAUGUUUUUGGGCCAAGAUUCUCUAAAAACAUAACUGCCACAUUCCAAUAUUUAUAUCUUUGUCCAUCUGAAGAUAAGAGUAAAAUAGUUCGCGUGCUGAACCUUUGGCAAAAAAAUGGAGUAUUCAAAAUUGAAAUUAUUCAGCCUCUUUUGGACAUGGCAGCAGGAACUAGUAAUGCCGCUCCAGUACCAGAAACUGUUACUAAUAAUGAAGGCUCACCUCCACCUCCAGUUAAAGUUUCUUCUGAACCCCCCCAAGCCACUACAAACUCUGUACCAUCUGUACCACAGUUGCCUAGCUCUGAUGCUUUUGCUGCUGUGGCCCAACUGUUUCAGACAACUCAAGGUCAACAGCUUCAGCAGAUCCUUCAGACUUUUCAGCAACCUCCAAAACCACAGUCUCCCGCCAUUGACAAUGCUGUGAUGGCGCAGGUCCAGGCUAUCACGGCUCAGUUAAAGACGGCUCCUGCACAGCCACCUGAACAAAAAGCUGCUUUCCCCCCGCCUGAGCAAAAAACUGCAUUUGACAAGAAGCUUCUUGAUAGAUUUGAUUAUGAUGAUGAGCCAGAAGCUGUGGAAGAAUCAAAGAAAGAAGAUGCUGCUGCUGCCGCCGCUGCUGCCGCCGCCGCCACGGCACCUGCUGUGGCUGUUGCACCAGCACCUGCUGCUGCCACACCGGCUGCCACGCCUGCCGCUUCCCCUCCUCAGGCACCCUUUGGGUUUCCUGGAGAUGGCAUGCAGCAGCCAGCAUACACACAACAUCAAAACAUGGAUCAGUUUCAGCCUCGAAUGAUGACAAUACAGCAGGAUCCAGUGCACCAUCAGGUUCCACUUCCUCCUAAUGGACAGAUGCCAGGUUUUGGCCUUCUUCCUACACCUCCAUUUCCUCCCAUGGCUCAGUCUGUGAUUCCUCCAACUCCACCCGUGCAGCAGCCUUUCCAAGCUUCUUUUCAGGCUCAAAAUGAACCACUUACACAGAAGACACAUCAGGAAAUGGAAGUAGAACAACCUUGUAUCCAAGAGGUUAAGCGACACAUGUCUGAUAACAGAAAGUCAAGAUCUAGGUCAGCAUCCAGGUCACCAAAAAGAAGGCGAUCUCGAUCUGGCUCUAGAUCACGAAGGUCCCGUCAUCGACGUUCUCGUUCUCGGUCCAGAGAUCGACGCCGACAUUCGCCUAGAUCUCGGUCCCAAGAAAGGCGAGAUCGAGAAAAAGAAAGAGAACGCCGACAAAAAGGCCUUCCUCAAAUCAAACCAGAAACUGCAAGUGUUUGUAGCACUACACUCUGGGUGGGACAGCUGGACAAACGGACUACUCAGCAAGAUGUUGCAAGUCUCUUAGAAGAGUUUGGUCCAAUUGAAUCAAUUAAUAUGAUACCUCCCAGAGGUUGUGCCUAUAUUGUUAUGGUUCAUAGGCAAGAUGCUUAUCGCGCCCUGCAGAAACUGAGCCGCGGAAACUAUAAAGUGAACCAGAAAUCCAUAAAGAUUGCCUGGGCUUUAAACAAAGGAAUAAAGGCAGAUUAUAAGCAGUAUUGGGAUGUAGAACUGGGAGUUACUUAUAUUCCAUGGGACAAAGUCAAGCCUGAAGAACUGGAGAGUUUUUGUGAAGGAGGAAUGUUGGACAGUGAUACACUUAAUCCAGAUUGGAAAGGAAUCCCCAAGAAGCAUGAAAAUGAAGUUGCUCAAAAUGGAGGGGCAGAAACCUCACAUACAGAACCAGUAUCACCUAUACCUAAACCUUUACCAGUGCCUGUCCCUCCUAUUCCUGUGCCCGCACCUAUAACAGUGCCACCUCCACAGGUCCCACCACAUCAGCCGGGUCCUCCUGUAGUUGGUGCUCUCCAGCCACCCACUUUCACGCCUCCCUUGGGCAUUCCUCCUCCGGGUUUUGGUCCUGGUGUUCCUCCUCCACCUCCUCCUCCACCAUUUUUGCGCCCAGGAUUUAAUCCGAUGCAUCUGCCACCAGGUUUUCUUCCUCCUGGACCCCCACCUCCUAUAACUCCACCAGUAUCCAUUCCUCCUCCUCACACUCCACCAAUAAGCAUCCCAAACUCUACUAUCGCUGGUAUAAAUGAAGACACUACAAAAGACUUAUCUAUUGGAAAUCCCAUUCCAACAGUGGUGUCUGGGGCUAGAGGAAACGCCGAGUCUGGUGACAGUGUGAAAAUGUAUGGCUCUGCUGUGCCACCUGCUGCACCCACGAAUCUGCCCACCCCUCCUGUAACGCAGCCUGUUUCACUUCUUGGUACUCAAGGAGUUGCACCUGGUCCUGUAAUUGGGCUCCAAGCACCAUCCACUGGUCUCCUUGGUGCCCGACCUGGCCUAAUCCCACUUCAGCGCCCUCCAGGAAUGCCUCCACCUCAUUUACAGCGAUUUCCUUUGAUGCCACCUCGUCCCAUGCCACCGCACAUGAUGCAUAGAGGUCCACCGCCAGGCCCCGGGGGCUUUGGAAUGCCUCCACCUCAUGGAAUGAAAGGCCCCUUUCCACCGCAUGGCCCCUUUGUUAGGCCUGGGGGAAUGCCAGGGCUUGGGGGCCCGGGGCCAGGCCCAGGGGGUCCCGAAGACAGAGACGGGAGGCAGCAACAGCCACAGCCACAGCAGCCGCCACCGCCACAGCCACAGCCACAGCAGCCGCCACCAGCUCAGCAGCCGCCACCGGCUCAGCAGCAACCACAACCGUUUAGAAACGAUAACAGGCAGCAGUUCAAUUCAGGUAGAGACCAAGAGAGGUUUGGAAGAAGAUCUUUUGGAAAUAGGGUGGAAAAUGACCGGGAACGGUAUGGGAACCGUAAUGAUGAUAGAGAUAAUAGCAAUCGUGAAAGGAGAGAGUGGGGAAGAAGGAGCCCUGACCGGGACAGGCACAGAGACUUGGAAGAGAGAAAUAGACGCUCUAGUGGGCAUCGAGACAGAGAGAGAGAUUCUAGAGAUAGAGAGUCUCGUAGAGAGAAGGAAGAAAACCGAGGAAAGGAGAAGCCUGAGGUGACAGACAGGGCAGGUGGUAACAAAACCGUUGAACCUCCCGGUAGCCAAGUGGGAGACGUAGACACUGUUUCAGAACUUGAUAAGGGGGAGUCUGAGUCUGCAGUUGUAAAAUCUUCUGAAGAGUUACCUGCUGAGGCUACCUCAUCCGUUGAACCCGAAAAGGAUUCUGGCUCAGCAGCAGAGGCUCCUCGUUAGAGACUGGAAUUUGUCAAAAUGUGACAGUGACGCUUCUGGAGUGUAGAGCUUGAGGUGUACAGAUGCUGUAUUAUAUUUGCUCCUGCUAUAUCACAGCCCCGCAGUAGUUGGUGGGGAAUUGUAAGCAAUUUGAUUGCUUCCCUUCUAUUUAAAAAUAGCCACAAAAUAACAAAAAAUACUGAAAAUAUGAAUAAAUAUUACCCUUUUUGCUGUAA